AUGGGCGAAUCGUCCCCGACAGUCAUCCAGUGGGUAAUUGACACCCGUCCACUCUGGCCGUCAGCCGCCAACACCAAGGAUCUCACCACAGUUGCCUCGCGUGCUCUAUCCCUCCUCACGGAGCAGGAGCGAGCUUCCGUGCUCCGGUACUACCACGUCCGCGAUGCGAAACUAGCCCUCGCCUCGGCCCUCGUCAAGCGGUACGCCAUCUCACGCUUCUGCGGCGUCCCCUGGUCCUCGGCUGAGGCUACCCGCGACGCCCGCACGAAGCCCGUGUUCCGCACACCGGCUGGCGACGAGCCCUUGCUCUUCAACGUCUCUCACCAGGCUGGUCUCGCCGUGCUCUUUGCCGUCCACAACCCGCCCAAGGAUCUGGCCGUGGGUGUUGACGUUGUGUGUCCAACCGAGAGGAGGACUCGUGAUCUGGGGACUCUGGCAGGGGAGGGAUGGAACAGCUUCGUCGACAUGCACGCCGAGGUAUUUGGUCUUGGAGAGGUGACGGCGUUGAAGAAACUCAACCCCAGCGCCGACAUCACUGAACGUGAUCGUGCCUUGCGAUACUUUUACGCCCUCUGGUGUUUACGUGAGGCAUACGUUAAGAUGACAGGCGAGGCCCUUCUGGCGAGCUGGCUCAAGGACCUCGAGAUGAGAGGAUUUGCGCCGCCCGAGGACAUGACAGGCCCGCAAGAGGUGUGGUUCAAGGGGGAGGAGGUGAAGGACGUUGAUAUAAAGCUAGUGCCGCUGCUGGGAGAGUACAUGAUCUCGACUGCGGUGAGGAGAGGAGAGAAUGGAGAGGGAGUCGAGGUUGGUGACUUUAAGAUGCUAGACAUAGAGCAAGUCUUGGCCUUUGGCGAGGACGCAACUGAUGCAUUGUAA